GCUGAUGGCGCUCUUCUGCCCCAGGGCCGCCAGGAUGUCGGUGUCGCACAGCUCCAAGCUGAACAAGGCGGUCAGGGACCAGUACAUGAAGCUGCCCCAGGGCGGCUCCGUCCAGGUCACUUACGUCUGGAUCGACGGCUCGGGCGAGGGGCUGCGCUGCAAGACCAGGACCCUGGACCGCGAGCCCAAGAGCAUAAAAGACAUCCCAGAAUGGAAUUUUGAUGGAUCCAGUACGGGCCAAGCAGAAGGCUCCAACAGCGAUAUGUUCUUGAUCCCAGUCAGGAUAUUCAGAGAUCCUUUCUGUCUGGACCCUAACAAGCUAGUACUGUGUGAAGUCCUGAAAUACAACAGAAAACCUGCAGAGACCAACCUGAGGUACACCUGUAAGAAAGUCAUGGACUUGACUAAAGACAGCCACCCUUGGUUUGGAAUGGAGCAAGAAUACACACUGCUGGGGAUCAACGGACACCCGUACGGCUGGCCUGAUAAUGGGUUUCCAGGUCCACAAGGCCCUUACUAUUGCGGGGUUGGAGCAGACAAGGUGUACGGGCGCGACAUUGUGGAGUCCCAUUACAAGGCAUGUCUCUAUGCAGGGGUGAAGAUCUGUGGCACCAAUGCUGAAGUCAUGCCCUCUCAGUGGGAAUUCCAAGUCGGACCGUGUGAAGGCAUGGAGAUGGGAGACCAUUUGUGGAUGGCUAGGUUUAUUUUGCAUCGUGUUUGUGAAGAUUUUGGAGUUGUGGCUACUUUGGACCCCAAACCAAUGACUGGCAACUGGAAUGGAGCUGGGUGCCACACCAACUACAGCACAGAAGAAAUGAGAAAGGAGGGAGGUCUCAAACACAUCGAAGCUGCCAUUGAAAAGCUAAGCAAGCGACAUAACUACCACAUCUGUGUGUAUGACCCAAGAGGGGGGAGAGACAACUCCAGGAGGCUGACUGGCCACCAUGAGACUUCCAACAUUUUCGAGUUCUCUGCCGGAGUGGCCAACAGAGGGGCCAGCAUCCGUAUUCCCCGCCAAGUUGGCCAGGAUGGCUUUGGGUACUUUGAAGAUCGGCGACCUGCAGCCAACUGUGACCCCUAUGCAGUCACAGAGGCCAUUGUGAGGACAACGUUGCUCAAUGAAACAGGAGUGGAAACAAAAGACUAUGCAGACAACUGAAGUCUGGGAGUGGGUAGGUUUUUAAUUCUAAACUAGUUUCUCAUGUGGGUUUUAUGAAUGUGUAACCUCAUCAGCUGUCAGCUCAGACUCUCUUUUUAGAACCUUGCUUCUGGUUUUGUGAAAUGUUGGCUUAGAAAUAUAUUUCUAUAUAUAUUAUAAGAAGGGAAAAGUGUCUAUUUUUCUCAACUGACUUUUCUGGUUCCUGAUUUUUAGAUCAUGCAUUGGGGUUUUUUUAAAGACUGAUUUAAUUUUUGUAAUUGACUUUUUACUCUGUGUAUAUAUAAUCUUAUGUGAAAGUUUAAAAGCAGCAGUAGCUGCAGCUUGUUUUUUCCAUAUCUGUGUUGCAAAGAAACAAUAAAUAGCCUCGUUGGCUCUAGGUCAGCCACUCUUCACUAAUAAAUGUUUGCUUUUUU